AAAAAAAGUGCUUUAAGGUUAAGUAUUGGGGGGGGGGGGGGUAGGGGCCAAUACGCAAUUCUAAUUUAUAAUUUUUUACGCUUAUUGAGAGUACUUUAAUACUUGGAUGCAGAAUUAUGUACUAUUACCAGAUUAAAAUAAAAAGGUUAUAUCAUUUCCUAAAAACUAUUUUAUAUUAUAUAAAAAAAAGUGUUAACAAAUCAUAAUGUUACAAUAAUUUGAUUUGUUCAUUCAGUCGAAAGCACCAACCUAUACCACAACGUAAACUGUUGAAAUUCGUUAUGAUCGAGAUGAAAAAACAAAAUAGUUCUCCUGAACUACAAGAAGUUAAAUAUUUCCCUACCAAAGGAGGAGAAUUUCAGCCUCAAAUUGCUGACAAGAAACCUGACACCUUAUUUCUGUAUUUUACAAUAAUAUCCGCCAAUUUAGUUGUUAUGGGUGGCUCUUCAUCGCUUGCAUGGACAUCACCAGUAAUACCAAAAUUGCAAUCAAAUGAUACAAAUAUUAAUCCACUUGCAGAACCAGCGACCACACUUCAAAUAUCUAUGAUGAUGGGUUUACCGGCUUUGGUAAGCCUUUCUGGAACCCUUCUAGUUCCGUUGAUGUCAGAUAUUUUCGGCAGGAAAAAUAUGCUACAAUUGUUUGCUAUGUUUAUGGUUUUAUGCGAUAUUGUCAUCGCUUUCAGCAAUCGUAUAAUUUAUAUAAUAAUUGGAAGAUGUAUUUUAAUGUCGCUUUAUAACGGUAGUUGUGCUAUUUUAAUUAUUUUUAUCAUGGAAAUGUGCGAAAAUCAUAACAGAGGAAAAUUCGGAUGUUUUAUAUUUUUGUUUCCUCCAAUAGGAAGCCUAUAUAGUUAUUUUUUCGGUUCAGUGUUCAGUGUUAGGACCUUCACAUUAGUCACAGGUAUACCUUUAAUUAUUUUGGUUGUAUUCUUAUUUUUUACCGUUGAGACUCCUGUAUAUUUAUUAUCUAAAGGACGAUUUGAAGACUGUUUACAAGCCCUACGAAAACUUAGAUCUAACAAAAAUCGCAAAGAAAUACAAUUGGAUUUUGACGAAAUAGAAUUCAGUUUAAAACAAAGGCACUCCGUUAAAAAUGCUACGGUUUGGUCACUGUUUAAAACAAGACAGUCUCGAGUGGGGUUAGGGUUGGCAUUAAUCCCUUCAAUAGUACAUGUAGGUAUUGGAACACCGAUAAUGCUGGCUUUUUUAGGGCCCAUAUUUAAUAUUGCUGAUAUUGGCUUAUCGGGAGACCUGGUGGCCAUUAUUAUAGGUAUAAUAAACAUUUGCAGUGUAUUUUGUACUACAAUGGUUGUUGAGAAAUUUGGUAGAAGAACUCUUUUGUUCUUUUCUACAUUAGGGUGUUCAUUAUCGCAAUUAUUUAUCGGUUUGUUUUUUUACUUUAAAUAUAUCAACUCGCCAAUUAUACCAUCUAUCAAGCUGCUACCCGUUAUAUCAGUUAUUGCUUAUUUUGUUUUUUAUUCUACCGGGCUGGGUCCUCUUCCACAUACAAUAACCAGCGAACUCUUUACGUCAGAGUUUAGAUCUAUAGCUGUGUCGAUUUUAAUAACCGUGAUGGGAGUCGUUUUUUUCUUCGUGACCUCUGGAUUUCCUCUUUUGAUCGAAUAUGUUGGAAUUCAUUGGAACUUCUGGUUUUUUAGCUCAUUUGGUUUCGUUGGAACUGUCAUCUUAUAUGUCUUGCUACCGGAAACAAGAGGUAAAAGUAUUAUGGAAAUUCAAGAAAAAUUAAAAAGUUAUAAAAUUUUUAAGCCACGUAAUACAAAUCAAAGGCAUUAUAAAUAAAAAAGUAAGAUGUUAAUUCAAAAUAAUAAAUUAUUACGUUCACAAAGUAUGCAUACUUGUCUGUAUGGCUGCAAACUUUUUAAAAAUACGGUUUUUUGCAAUUGUUUUGAAUAUUGUA